AUGGAUAAACUCGCUUCUGAACUUCAUCGUCGACAUGGUUUACCAAUGCAAUCAGCUAUUAUAAAGAAAUUUAGCGAUCAAUUGAAAAUGAUGUUGAAUCAACCAUCGUCAACAUCAUUCUCGUAUCAUGGUAUACAUCGUAAAAAAGAAGAUCUGAAGACAGUUCUCUUCAUCAAACGAAAGCUGAAGAUAUUACCAGUGAUUAUUCGUCAAUCGGAUAAGAGUGGCGUGAUCCAUAUUGGUUACAAGAUUGAUUACGAUCGAAAAGUAUUGGAAUAUCAAGAAAAGACCAAAGCUUAUGUUGAAUUAUCGUCGAAUCCAUUACUGGACACGUUUCAAAAAGUCAUUCGACUAUUGAAUGAUUUGAAUUCAAAAAAACAGAUUCGAGUAUGGCAAUACAAGAAGAUGAUGCCCAGUCGAGAGAAGAUGCAAUUGGCAUAUCUCUAUUUCAUACCGAAACCACACAAAGAAGGAACACCAUUGAGACCAAUUGUUUCAUCGAUUCUGGCACCAACCACAGGCAUAUCAAGAAUGCUUGAUCAAUUGAUUCGACCUCUCUUCGAUGAACAUGUUCAACAGACAACAAUUAUCGAUGGUGUUCAAUUUAUUCGUCGUCUUGAAUUAUAUGUUCAAUUGGGUCUAUUGAAACCAACGACACGUCUAUGUACGUGUGAUGUUACUGAUCUUUACACCAUGUUACCACAAGAAGAAUCCAUUUCAAUCGUGAAACAAUUCCUUCGUCAAUUCAAUUAUGCCAAUAUCAAAGGAAUGUCCAUCGAAACAAUUGAACAGUUAGCAAGAAUAGUUCUUACAGAAAAUGUCUUCAUCUACGAACAAAAAUAUUAUCGUCAAGUGGUCGGUGGUGCGAUGGGUUCUCCAUUCACGUUAACAUUAGCCAAUAUCUUCAUGUGGCAUUGGGAACAGACAUUGGUUGAAUAUCAACGAAAUUCCAAUGAAUUAUAUGGACGAUAUAUCGAUGAUAUCUUCUUAACUUCGAAUGAUUCCAUGGAUCAAAUCAAUCGGAUGUCAGGGAAAGUCAAUCGUCAACAUCCAAAUAUUAAAAUUACUUCAACAAUUGAUAAUCCAACUUCAUUCUUAUGUGAAGAUCAACAACGUCGAUGGAAUUAG